CGGAGGGCCUCGCCCGAAGCCGCAUGUGACCCGCCGCGGCCCACCAGGACAGGCCGCUCUCCUGACGCCGCCAUGGGGUGUUGCUACAGCAGCGAGAACGAGGCCUCGGACCAGGGCGAUGAGUCUAAGCCCCUGCUGCCCACGGCCUCCAGCCCACCCAAGCCCUUAAAUGGAGCCGAGCCCAACUGCUACAGCCUGCCUUCAGCCCGGACGGACGAGCAGGCUUUGCUGUCAUCGAUCCUCGCCAAGACAGCCAUCAACAUCAUUGACGUUUCGGCCGCAGAUCAGCAAGGCAUGGAGCAGCAUGAGUACAUGGACAGAGCCAGGCAGUACAGCACCAGGCUGGCCAUGCUGAGCAGCAACCUGAUGCACUGGAAGAAGCUCUCGACGCUCCCAUCGCUCACCACGCAGCCCCAUCAAGUGCUUGCCAGCGACCCCGUUCCCUUCGCAGACUUGCAGCAGGUCUCCCGGAUAGCUGCGUACGCCUUCAGUGCUCUCUCCCAGAUCCGAGUGGAUGCGAAAGAAGAACUGGUUGUACAGUUUGGGAUCCCCUGAUGCCGAUCCCGCAGACGCCUGUAACUUCUUGUUUUUUUAACAACCUCCCACUUUUCCUUUCCUCUCCCUCGCCACGGCCGGCUUUUCACUGCAGUGGGACUUGUACGGAUAAGCGAUACACUGAACUUCCUGCCACUUGCGCCCCAGAGACAAUUGCCUCCGCCAGCUGCCAGCUCCCUGGGGCUGGUUUGACCCACGUUUCUUCCCCCUCCCGUGUGUGUGUGUGACGGUGGGGGGGGGCAUAUUUUUGCCAGAACCGUACAUGAAUUGGUUUGAGGAGGGGCCAGGCCCUGAACACUGUGCAUGCUUAAGCCCAGCUCCUAAAGAGGUGAGCACCGCACUCUUGGUCAUCGAGGGGACAGGGGACGGGAUCCUGAGGCCCACUGGCGGUGGGCAGCUGUGCUCGCUUUCAUUUACUCCCCACCCCCCAAUAAGGCUCUGAAAUUCUUGCCUCCGGGGUUAGGGGGCUGAGAUGCGUUGCAGCUGCUGCCUCCCCCUUCCCACUUGGGGUUCAACCUGCAUCACUUUCCCGUUGCUGCCUGCAGAAUGCCGGGCCUUCUUUUUAGGAUUUGGGGGGAACCAACGAAGGGUGCGUUGGGCUU